ACAGAGUUCUCUAGAGCGAGUACUAGUCCACGACACUAGCAGCGCCUUACGAAAUUUCCACAAAAACUGAUACCCUAUCGAAGUUAACUUAAGAUGCAGCACCUUAAUCUUGGCCUGAUUUUAACCAGCAUCGUCUUGGCUGCCGGAUCACCGAUUUUGGAGUACGGAGCACCACCGAGCGGGGAUACCAUCGGUCAGUACCACACCCAGGAUGAGCAUGGCCAGUAUGCCUACGGGUAUAUGGCUCCGUUGUACUCCAAGCACGAGACUCGCACUCUGGAUGGUGUGGUCCAUGGAACCUUCUCCUAUUUGGAUGCCCAUGGUGAAACCCAGACGGUAGACUAUGUGGCCGAUGCCAAUGGUUUCCGUGUAACCUCCAAGCUGCCCAACCAGGAGGCCAACAAGGAAACUCCGGAGGUAGCUGCCCUCAGGGCCGAACAUCUGGAGGCUCAUAAGCAGGCCAAGUUGAGGUUGGCCGGUGGCUCCUCCUUCGCUCCUGAACCCGUCCAGGACACACCCGAAGUUGCCGCCGCCAAGGUUGCCUUCUUCAAGCGCUUCGAAGCCGAGAAGCUGCGAAACCAACUACUUGGGGAGAAGAUCCAGGUGCUGGCAGCUCCUCCAGCUCCAUCACCGCUUGCCGUUCGCUCCCAGCCGAUUUAUGUUUAUCAACCAGCCAGUGGAUAUGUCUACAACAUCCAUUCCAAGAGUUCUGCUCAGGCUCCCUCAAGGAACUAUCUACCAGUCCUUUAAAUUUGUGUUUUUUGAUGUUUUCACGAAAAUUAUGUUAAUUGUUGAGCAAUAAAUUGUGAAAUUUGGUUUAAUUUCAAAGCUUAAA